AUGGACUGGAUCACCAACAUCUCAUGGCUUGAUCACCUCGCUGGGAAGGAGGAACCGCUCGGAUGGCAUUUAAACAGCACUGAGGACUAUCUCGCCUUCUUAUGUGGCCCCAAACGAAGUCACCUCUUUGUGCCCAUGAGUUUAAUAUAUGCCUUGAUUUUUGUGGUCGGGGUGGUGGGAAACCUGUUAGUGUGCCUGGUGAUCAUAAAGCACAGGAACAUGAAAACCCCCACCAACUACUACCUCUUCAGCCUCGCCAUUUCGGACCUGCUGGUGCUGGUUUUCGGGAUGCCGCUGGAGGUGUACGAGAUGUGGAGCAAUUACCCCUUCCUCUUCGGGCCCGUCGGCUGCUAUUUCAAGAUAGCGCUCUUCGAGACGGUCUGCUUUGCCUCCAUCCUGAGCGUCACCACGGUCAGCAUGGAGAGAUAUGUCGCCAUCCUCCAUCCUUUCCGGGCCAAGCUGGAGAGCACCAGGAAGCGUGCGCUGAGGAUCAUCAUUGUCCUCUGGGUCCUCUCCGUCCUCUUCUCUCUCCCCAACACCAGCACUCACGGCAUCUUGCUCCAGCGCUUCCCCAACGGGACGCUGGUCCCCGGCUCUGCCACCUGCACCGUGGUCAUGCCUAUGUGGAUCUACAACUGUAUCAUCCAAGUCACUUCCUUCCUCUUCUAUGUGCUGCCUGUGGUUAUCAUUAGUGUCCUCUACUAUCUGAUGGGGCUGAAAUUGAGAGGAGACAAAUCUUUGGAAGCAGAGGAAAUGACUGUGAACAUUCAGAGACCCUCCAGAAAAUCAGUCACUAAGAUGUUAUUUGUUCUGGUGAUGGUAUUUGCCGUCUGCUGGGCCCCGUUUCACAUCGAUCGACUCUUCUUCAGCUUCGUUGUGGACUGGACGGAGCCACUGGCCAAUGUCUUCAACCUUAUCCACGUGCUGUCAGGUGUUUUCUUCUAUCUGAGCUCUGCCGUGAACCCCAUCAUUUACAACCUCCUUUCUCGUCGCUUCAGAUUGGCGUUCCUCAACGUGAUCACCCCUCGGUGCAAGCUCUGGGCCAGCAAGCAGCCUGCCAGCGGGAUCCCAGCCCACCAGAGCCUUUGCCUGGUAGGAGACUGCAAUCUGAUGGAUUCUGCAGAGAAUGCAAGUCCUCCAUCCACGCACAGGAUGUCCGUCUGCAGCUCUCGGCUUUCUACUGGCCUGUGA